UCAGCCUCUCGCCUUGUUUGCUUUGUUCUGCACAAGGUAGGUAGCUCGCUCAGUACAUACUAGUACUACUAUCCCUCGAUCGUCUCCACUUCAUCCAACUCUAGCUAUCUAUCAGGUAGGAUAGGAGUAGAAGGAAAGUCACCAUGGCAAGCAGCAGCAGCAUCCCAGCCACCACCGUCCGUGAGAUCAGUGUUGCGCAGCGUGCGGACGGGCCGGCGGCGGUGCUGGCCAUCGGCACGGCGAACCCGCCCCACUGCGUGCCCCAGAGCGACUACCCCGACUACUACUUCCGCAUCACCAACAGCGACCACCUCACCGACCUGAAGCACACCUUCGCCAAGCUAUGCGGGAUGACGGGCAUCGGCAGGCGUUUCUUCCACCACACCGAAGAACUGCUCGCCACGCACCCGGACUUGUCCCUCGACGCCCGCCUGGACGUCGUGUCUACCGCCGCCCCGGAGCUCGCCGUGUCGGCUGCGGCCAACGCCAUCGCCGAAUGGGGCCGUCCGGCAGGCGACAUCACCCAUCUCGUGGUCAGCACCAACGCGGGGUCGCACGCCCCGGGCACCGAUGUCCGCUUGGUCUCCCUCCUCGGCCUCCGCCAUGAUGUCCUGCGCACCGUGCUCCAGCUCAACGGCUGCGCUUCCGGGUGUGCCGCACUGCGCCUAGCCAAGGACCUCGCCGAGAACAACCGCGGCGCGCGCAUCCUCGUGGCCUGCGUCGAGCUCACCGUCACCGCCUUCCGCGCGCCCCACGAGGCAGACACCUUCGACACCCUCAUACCCCAGGGGCUCUUCGGUGACGGCGCUGGCGCCGUCAUCGUGGGCGCCGACCCUGACGUCCACGAGCGCCCGCUGUUCGAGAUGGUGUCGGCCUCGCAGUAUGUGAUACCAGACACCGAGCACAUGCUCACCAUGCAACUCCGGAGCGAUGGCAUCGGCGGGACCAUCGCCACCGGACUGCCAAGACUGGCGGCGGGCAUCGUUGAGCGGUGCCUGCUGGAUGCGUUUGGUGACCACCUAGCCAUCAUCCAAGGCGUCGUCCAUUGGAACAACCUUUUCUGGGCGGUGCAUCCCGGCAGCAGUGCGAUGCUGGACCACAUCGUCACGGCGCUCCGGCUGGCCCCGGGGAAGCUGGCGGCGAGCAGAACCGUGGUGAGAGAGUUUGGUAACAUGCUCGGCGCCACGGUGAUCUUCGUACUCGAUGAGGUCAGGCGCCAAAGAGUCGACCGUGACGGAGAGGGUGCUGCCGCUGAUGAAGACUGGGGGGUGAUGAUGGGAUUUGGACCGGGGUUCACUGUCGAGACGAUGCUGCUGCACGCUGCCACCUAAGGUAUCCGGCCUGAAGAAAAAGAACGGGAAAAAAAUACAUAGCAUUUAUAUUCAAUAAGUGCAUGCAAAGCAACCUUUCAUAUUUCCAUAUCCAUAUACCCCGUAAGAGAUGUGAACAUGUGUGGUGUGAGAGUGGUGUUAUAAGUCCUGUAAGAGUGAUCUACGUACUAAGUAUAUAUAUGGAGCCUUAAGUUUUUAUAAAAUAUGUACACUGGAGUAAGUUGUAUGUAACUACUCCCUACAUUCCUAAAUAUAAGUCUUUUUAGAUAUUUCAA